UCCAAUCCCACCAACUCUUUUCGUAUGUGUUGCUUUCCAAUCUUCCCCUUACUUGAAGACACAGCCAAAUGAAAAUUGAUUAAACCCAAAUUCAAAUGAAAACAAACACAUUUCUCAUCUCAUUCUGAUACAAUUCAGUCAGAAAUUACAAUGGAAAGAUCUAAGAAGAAAGCUCAGUUAUGGAAGAAAGCUAUAGUUCAUUUUUCUCUGUGUUUCGUUAUGGGAUUCUUCACUGGCUUUGCUCCAACUGGUACAAUGCAGAAAUAUGCUCCAGAGCCGGAUGAAACGUUUCAUCCGGAGAUAAAAAUUCAACCCCCAAGCAAUGUCUACAGAACCCUUGUGGCUGAAACGACGACUCUGGAGAAAUCUCCAACAAUGGUGGACCAUAUUGAAGAGGAAAAACAACCCAAGGAGAAGCCAAGAAGACUUGUAAUUAUCGUGACGCCGACGAAUAAGAGAGAUAAGUUUCAGAAUGUGUUUUUACAGAGACUAGCCAAUACUAUAAAGCUGGUUUCGCCGCCGUUGUUGUGGAUAGUUGUGGAAGGACAGUCGGAUUCCGAUGAAGUGUCGCGAAUAUUGAGAAAGACAGGGAUCAUGUACAGGCAUUUGGUUUUCAAAGAGAAUUUUACUGAGCCAGAAGCGGAGUUGGAUCAUCAACGAAACGUUGCGCUUAAGCACAUUGAGCAACACAGGCUAAGUGGAAUCGUUCAUUUCGCCGCCCUUUCCAAUGUUUAUGAUCUCCGCUUCUUCGACGAGCUGCGGGAGGUUGAGGUUUUUGGGGCGUGGCCAAUGGCGUUUCUGACGGCGAACAAACAGAAGGUGAAAAUUGAAGGGCCUGUGUGUGAUUCUUCACAAGUAAUUGGAUGGCAUUUGAAGAAGAUGAACAAUGAAACAGAUGAGAGGCCUCCAAUUCAUGUUUCAAAUUUCGGCUUCAACAGUUCUAUUCUUUGGGAUCCUGAGAGAUGGGGUCGCCCGUCCUCCCUUCAGCAAGCCUCCCAGAAUUCAAUCAAAUUCGUGAAACAAGUUAUUCUUGAAGACGAGAUAAAGUUACAGGGAUUACCCCCUGAAGAUUGCUCAAAAAUCAUGCUAUGGUCUCUCAAUUUACCCAAGGCCACGUCACCAAGUCAAGAUUUUCAAGGAAUUUCCUUUCAGUAUAAUUCUCGUAGAUAAUUAAAUUUUAAAAAAUUAUGUUUAAUAUUAUGAAAUAUAAUGUUAAAAUAGUUUACAUA